UGUGGUGUUUACUGUGGACAGAUGAGCCUGACUCACAGCAGCUGGGGCGGUGCCUGAGUAUAAAACCUCUGCUGCUUUUUGUUCAGUCCCCUGCACAUUUUCUGCCUCUCCUGCGCCGGACACUCCUCACGCUUUCCACACGUUUUCAGAGCAGCCAUGCCUUCGGACCUGGAAACAGCCAUGGAGCUUCUCAUCGUGGUGUUCCACCGCUACGCCUCUAAGGAUGAACACGCCGGGACUCUGAGCCGGCGGGAGCUCAGACAGCUGAUGGAGAAUGAGCUGUCUAACUUCCUCAAGUCCCAGAAGGACCCUGGUGCCAUUGAUAAGAUCAUGAAGGACCUGGACGCCAACGGAGAUGGCCAGGUGGACUUUGAGGAGUUUGUUUCUCUGGUUGUUGGACUGUCUGUUGCCUGUGAGCAGUGCUAUAAGAUGCACAAAGGGCUGAAGACGAAAAAGUAAUGAAAGACAGAACGCAACGUCGAGGUUGAUAAACCAAAGAUUUUUUUUGUAAAGAUUUUUUUCAUCAAUAAAUACAAUGAUUAUAAUUUUGAA